GCAGCCGCUUAACAACUCCUCCUUCUCGAGAGGAAACAUUGACGUUUCUCGCUUGCAACGGCUGGGCCGUCCGAAAACUUCAGCGAAGGGAUUGGGUUCGAAAUCCGACAGCCCCCAGACUUGGGUUGAGAAAUGCCGUGAGCUGCCGCCAUGACGGAGGAGUGGGCCCCGCAACUGGUGGACUAUUUUGUGGUGGCCGGCUUGGCGGACACCUCGCAACCCCUCGAGGAUGAGAGCCAGCCCCCGCCGCGGCCGGCCCGGCCCAGCGAACCCAUUGUGGACGUGGCCGUCAUCGUCCGCUCCCAGAGCGAAGAGGUCCCCCACGGGUUCACCUGCAUCGACCGCACCACCUGCGGGCACCCCGUGGAGCUCAACGCCGGGCUCCUCAACAACCCCCAGAUGUUCAUCUGCUACCGGCGGGGCCGGGACAAGCCCCCCAUUGUGGAAUUGGGGGUGCACUACGAUGGGAAGGACCGUCCCAAACCGGGCUUCAAGAUCAUAGACACGACCCCCUACAGCCACUCGGCUAACAUGGCUUCCGGGAGUCCCGGGCACCAGCGCACUUUCCUGAUGUACCGGCGGGCCACCGAGGGCCAAGCCUACAGCACUUUGGGGAUCACGGACAUUUGCCUUAUCAUGCCCAGCAAAGGGGAGAGCACGCCCCACACUUUCUGCCGCGUGGACCGGAACCUCAACGCCGGCAUGUGGGGUCCUGCCCUCUACAUCUGCUACAAGAUGGCAUUGGCCAAAGGAAACACUCUGGUGUACGAAGCAGGUCUCCUUAGCCGCUAUCCAGAGGAGGACCAUGAAGCGUUCCCCCUACCCGAGUCUGUGCCUGUUUUUUGCCUGCCCAUGGGUGCCACCAUUGAGAGCUGGCCGGUCGAUACUAAAUACCAGCUUCCCGUCUUCUCCACCUUUGUGUUGACCGGAGCCUCUGGGGACAAGGUGUACGGUGCCGCCAUCCAGUUCUAUGAGUCCUACCCGCGGGAAUGCCUCUCGGAGCGCCAGUGCAUGCGGCUGAACCUGCUCACGGUGGUCGACCGGCGCCCCAUCACCAGCAAGUCGGUGCAGACGCGUAAGAGUAUCUGUGUCCUCUCCCACUGGCCUUUCUUUGACGUCUUUCACAAGUUCCUCACUUUCCUCUACCGUUACAGCAUCUCGGGACCCCACGUGUUGCCGCUUGAGGUGCACAUCUCUCAUUUCAUGCACAAUGUCCCCUUCCCGUCUCCACAGCGGCCUCGGAUCUUGGUUCAGAUGUCCCCUUAUGAUAACUUGCUCCUGUGCCAGCCGGUCUCCUCUCCGCUGCCUUUAAGCGGUGCCAGUUUCCUCACCCUGUUGCAGACGCUGGGUCCCGAAAAUGCCAUUGCUCUCCUGGUGGCGGUCCUCACGGAGCAAAAGUUGCUCAUCCACUCCUUGCGGCAGGAUGUCUUGACCAGCGUGGGCGAAGCCUUGGUCUCGAUGAUCUUUCCACUUCGCUGGCAGUGCCCCUACAUCCCCCUGUGCCCACUCACCCUGGCCGAUGUGCUUUGUGCCCCGGUGCCCUUCAUCGUGGGCAUCCACUCCAGCUACUUCGACCUCCACGACCCGCCGCAUGAUGUCAUCUGCGUCGACCUGGACACCAACACCAUCUUCCAGUGUGAGGAACGGAAGCUGCUGGCACCACGGUCCCUGCCCCGGAAACCUUGCAAGGUGCUCUUGGCUUCGCUGACCUCCCAGUACCAGCAGCUGGAUGAGAUGUACAACAGACCAGUAGAGGAAGCCACCCUGGAAUUUCUGCUGACCGACUAUGACCUCAUCUAUGGACGACGGAAGCAGCUGGAACUGGACAUCCAGGGAGCCUUCCUUCGCUUCAUGGCCUGCCUCUUAAAGGGGUACCGUUCCUACCUCUUGCCUAUCACCCAGGCACCCUCUGAGAAGACUCGCGACUCCAGCAGCCUCUUCUAUCUACAGGGUUUUCUGAAAUCACGCGAUCGCGCCUACCACAAGUUCUACGGCCAGCUCUUGCGCACCCAGCUUUUCACGCAGUUCAUCGAGGAGUGCUCUUUCGUCAGCGACCGGCACACUUGCUUGGAGUUCUUUGACUCCUGCGUCGAGAAGGUGCAAGUGGAUUUGGAAAAGCCAGAGGAAUCGCCUCUGAUCGAACUGGAUGACACACAUGGCAGUGAGCACACCGUUUUUAUCAUGCCACCUGAAGAGCCAACUGGCCCCAAUGGUACUGAGCUUCCACCAUGUUACCAGUACGAUGGCUUCCCGAAACUUCAACCCAAGCUCUUUGAGCGCCUCCAGGACCAGCUCAUGCCUUCGCUCUGCCAAGCCCGGACUAGUGCUCCCAGCAGUCCUGCGCCACGCCGGACCAAACAGGAAAUGAAGGUGGCUCAGCGGGUGGCACAGAAGUAUUCAUCCGUGCCGGACAUGUGGGCAAAGUGUUUGCUGGGCCACUGCUAUGGCCUGUGGUUCAUUACGCUCCCAACCUAUGUGCGUGCUGCUCCAUCGAAGGUGCGGGCGCUGCAAACGGCGUAUGAAGUUCUCAAGCAGAUGGAGACCAAGAAGGUGGUGCUACCAGAUGAGGUUUGCUACCGGAUCCUGAUGCAGUUGUGCGGACAGUACGGAGAACCCAUCCUCUCGGUCCGGGUGCUGCUUGAGAUGAAACGGGCCGGCAUUGUACCCAACACCAUCACUUACGGCUACUACAACAAGGCUAUUUUGGAGUGCAAGUGGCCAUCGACAACUCAAAGCGGUCGUCUGCGCUGGGCCAAGCUACGCAACGUGGUGCUGGGGGCUGCGCAGUUCCGGCAGCCAUUGCGGCAGCGGCAGCGUGAUGCUGAGUUACAGAGCAUUGGCACCCAGUCAGAGGGCCGAGGAACUAAAGCACCCAGAUCCCGGUCCAGGUCCAACCUGCACCGGCAGACCACUUGGUCCGGGGGCAGCUUGACUGAGAAUCUCCCAUCCACAUCUCUGGUGAAGAGUGGCAGCCUCAGUUUCCCACAACGUGAAUCAGACGGAACGAAGGCCUUGGGCGAGCCAAACCAUGGAAGCAGCGAUACCCUCCCUGCGCUGCCCGCCUGGCUGCGAGGUGUACGAGACAGGCCCGGAAGCUCAGAGGACGGCAGCCUCUCCGAUGUCAGCAGCUUCUUGACGGAUGAGAGUGACCGGUUGACCCUGAGUAGCGUGGACACGCAACCAAGUUUGGGGACGCUUGAGGGAGUGACUCCGGGACCGCCAUCAGAAAACCGGGGAAUGGGAGGCACGCCGCGCCGGAGCCUAUCCGCUAAGCUUCAUCAGCUGCUGCUGUCGCCCAUAAAGCGACCUUCCCUAAGGCACGCUGGCGCUGCAAUGGAGCAUUCGCACGCGCGUUCCGGGUCAGAGCAGCGUGAGCUCCCUCCUCGUCGUAGUCCACUGGAGACCCACUUUCUGCUUCCCCGCGAGCGCCCCGGCUCCACUGCUUCUGAGAGCUCUGUAUCCCUGGGCAGCGAAUACGAUCUCUCAGAUAAUUCUGUGUGCAGCUUCAACCUCCGCAAAUCCAGCGACCAGCUUUCGGAGUCCCCAGCUGUUAAGGUGCUGCUUUCGAGCUGCUCACGGUGCCAGGCCUGCGACUCGCUGGUCUACGACGAAGAGAUCAUGGCAGGCUGGAGCUCAGAUGACUCCAACCUCAACACCACCUGCCCUUUUUGCGCCCGUCCCUUUGUGCCCUUCCUCGCAAUCGAGAUCCAGGAUUUCCAGGUUGCUCCUAGCAUUACGGACAGUUCUGACACCAGUUCGGUCUCCUCCGAUUGGCCGCGGGACAGCGAAGCGCCAGCCCCUGGCAGUCAAGGUCCAGUACUCAGUGACCGUUACCACUGCCUGUCAUUGGAUGAGGCGGAACCGGAACCUGGGCGGGAAUCCAGAGCAGGAUCAUUAUGCAAUGGUUUCACAGAAUCUCCGGUCCCUCAGACUCCUGCCCCACACAUUGAGCACCUGGCCUUUGCCUACCUGAGCCCCUUAGUUCUACGCAAGGAGCUGGAGACUCUCCUGGAGAACGAAGGAGGAGAGUUCCUCUCCCAGCCAGAGCUGGUGGACAACCACCCCAUCAUCUACUGGAACCUGGUGUGGUAUUUCCAGCGCCUGAGUCUGCCCAGCAGCCUUCCCCAGCUCCUCCUGGCUUCGAAGCACGUCCAGGCUGCAUCCCAGAGUCCAGUCCAGGAAGGUGCCCUUGUGAGUGUGCAUUUGCUCUGGGAUGUGUUGAUGCCAGACCCGGACAGCUUUCCACCGCUCUACGUUCUUUGGAGGUUUCACAGUGAUAUCCCGACUCGCCUCCAGUCCUGGCGCCGACACAACCAUCCCUUCUCGCUCUCCUUCCUGGAGGCCGUGCUGAGCUCCGUUGGGAUGGGAGAAGUCCACAAAGCUAUCGCCCUCUUUUUGGAAACAGUGGCAGGGCAGCCCAACCCCAUACAUGUACAAAGGAGCGUUUACCGCGAGAUCUUGUUUCUCAAACUGGCAGCUUUGGGCAGAGACCAUGUUGACCUCGCUGACUUUGACAAGAAAUACAAGUCUGCCUUCUCCAAGCUGGCCAGUAGCAUGGGGAAGGAGUCGCUGAAGCAGCGAAGGGCCCAGCCGCUCACCUCGAAGGCCAUUGAUUGCCGGAAGAGCUUUGGGGCCAACCUGGAAUGCUAGCGGGAUCUCUCCUUCUGCCCCUCUCUUUCCCACUACCUCCCGUCAACCCCACAGUGUCCCAUGCCCCCCUAGUAUUCCAGCUACAUAGGAAUAAUCCAGGAUGGAACUGGAGCUGAUACCAAAUGAGGACAGGAGGCACGUGCCACGAACAGCACCCUGUUUCCGUCUGCCCCGGGGACUCUGUCGAGGGACGAACUGGGAGAGGGGGAAUUGUAGGAUGAGAGAGCGCAGGCCUGUUUGCUGACCAGUCCUUUUUUUUGGCCUGGCUCUCUCGGAUUGUUUCCCCCUCAUCCCGCCAACGAAAGGGACAAGGGCCCUGUCACGGGUUCAGGAGCCACGCGGAAGGUCUUGGAGGACCCAAUUACUUUGGGGUUCGGGAUGUGCGGCCAGCGGUUGCCCGCUCCUGUCUUGGCACUGCACUUUGCACGUGCAUGCGACACCUUGGCACGGCGCAAUGGCGCCUUGUGUCUCCCCGUGCCGCCCUCUUCCUCCGCGCCUGGGUAGCCCUAGACUAGAGUUUGUCUAUAUUUUUCUUUUUUGUGCGCAGUGUUCCCUUUCACAAGGAGGAUGUUUCAUUUGUCCGUCCAUCCGUCAGCCAUCGGGUGCUAGCCGCGUCUCGUCUCCCACAACCAAAAUGCGUUGGAGUUUCAUUCGGGAAAAGAGAGCCCUCGUUUUCUUUUUUUUUUGGAGGGGGAACGUCUCUCCCUCUUUCUGUGCCCUCCAUUCCUUGCCACCUUGGUUUAUUUUUUUACCGUCAGUGUUAAAAAAGAUGAAGAAGGAAAGCUAUUUUAUAAUUUAUUUAUUACUGAGCCCUUUUUGCGUCCUCCCCACCUUUGGCUGCUCUCUCCCCACUUCUUUUGUUGGUGCUUUAACUGUAAAAGAGAACUCUGAAACAGGCGACUGGGACAGAAGGGAAGCAGAGCAUGGAGAAGUGACUUGUUUUUCACUGCGAUUCCCAGAAUCCACCCAACCGGCGUGGCUACUACGCUGGUUGUGGGUAGUUCUGGGUAUGUUCAUCCCCAAAAAGUAACUUUUCUGGAAGAAGGGGCACACCAUGCGCUCUGUCUCCCUCUUUCUCCUCCUUUACCACAUUGAUGCAUCCAUGGGGCAGCCCCCCAUAUCUGUUGCAGAGACUGCUUUCCCCCUGAUCUUGGGGGUACUACUGUAUGAAGGGAUGAAGUGGCCAGGGGAGAAAGAGAAGGAAAAGGUUGUUUAGUUUAACAAACUUUCACACACACAUGCACUUCUCGCCACUUUGGUCUCCUCAGGGCUCGGAUUGUGCAAUAUGGAGUGAACCUCCAUCACGCCCCCCAAUACUUGUUGUAUUGUUCUCUCUUUUGUUCUUCUUAAAUUUGUUUUGUUCGUUCGUUCGUAUGUUUUCAAUGUUCCUGGUUCUGUAAAUAAAGAGGCUUCUGUAUUUUCC